AUGGCUUCCCUCCUCGGAUCUAGUCUCUGUGUGCCACCGUCCUCGGUUCGGAUUCGUCUCUUGCUCUCACGCGACAGACUUGCGGAUCUCUCUCCACUGACGCCCGGCUACCCGUCCUGCGAGGCUAUCAACUUGCUAGCGGCGGAGUGCGUGCGACGUCCGUUUCGUAUCCGGAAGCGAAGUGCAGUAUGCGUCCGGCGAGAAGCGAUGAAGGAGCUAUAUAAUGGCCGGCGUGUCCGGCGAGAGGGGGAUGAUUUGCAGUUCAGAGUGAGAGUUGGGACUUUCAGGGACGAGAGAAUCGUGAUUGUCGGCAUUAUGGGGGCUCUUACUUUCCUGCUUUCGGUGAUGUACCUGCUUUCAGGUGUGGCUGGGGCACCGAGUUCGGGCUGCAGCGCCGGUUCUGGCUCCAAGGCGUGCGAUACGGUAGAGCUCGGGUACCAGUGCUCUCCUGGGACUUCUCAUCUGUGGGGCCAGUACUCGCCGUUCUUCUCGCUCGAGGACGAGCUGUCUGUGUCGAGUGAUCUUCCCAAGGAUUGCCGGGUCACCUUUGUGCAGGUGCUGUCCCGGCAUGGGGCGCGGUACCCGACCGCGUCCAAGAGCAAGAAGUACAAGAAGCUUGUGACGGCGAUCCAGAAGAAUGCCACCGAGUUCAAGGGCAAGUUCGCCUUCCUCGAGACGUACAACUACACCCUGGGCGCGGAUGACCUUACUCCCUUUGGGGAGCAGCAGAUGGUGAACUCGGGAAUCAAGUUCUACCAGAAGUACAAGGCUCUUGCGGGCAGUGUGGUGCCGUUCAUUCGCUCCUCGGGCUCGGACCGUGUCAUUGCUUCUGGGGAGAAGUUCAUCGAGGGGUUCCAGCAGGCGAAGCUGGCGGAUCCUGGCGCCACGAACCGCGCCGCUCCUGUGAUUAGUGUGAUUAUCCCGGAGAGUGAGACCUACAACAACACGCUGGACCACAGUGUGUGCACGAACUUCGAGGCGAGUGAACUGGGGGACGAGGUCGAGGCCAACUUCACUGCGCUCUUCGCACCUGCGAUCCGUGCCCGCAUCGAGAAGCAUCUUCCUGGCGUGCAGCUGACAGACGAUGACGUCGUCAGUCUGAUGGACAUGUGCUCGUUCGAUACGGUAGCACGCACCGCCGACGCGAGUGAGCUGUCGCCGUUCUGUGCAAUCUUCACUCACAACGAGUGGAAAAAGUACGACUACCUCCAGUCCCUGGGCAAGUACUACGGCUACGGUGCAGGCAACCCUCUGGGGCCGGCCCAGGGUAUAGGGUUCACCAACGAGCUGAUUGCCCGUUUGACAAAUUCGCCAGUGCAGGACCACACGAGUACCAACUCCACUCUGGACUCCGACCCAGCCACCUUCCCGCUGAAUGCCACCAUUUACGUUGACUUUUCGCACGACAACGGCAUGAUUCCCAUCUUCUUUGCCAUGGGCCUGUACAAUGGCACCGAGCCUCUGUCGCAGACCUCGGUGGAAAGCACCAAGGAGUCGAACGGGUAUUCGGCGUCCUGGGCGGUGCCUUUUGGCGCGCGAGCCUACUUCGAGACAAUGCAAUGCAAGUCGGAAAAGGAGCCUCUUGUUCGCGCUUUGAUCAAUGACCGGGUUGUGCCUCUGCAUGGCUGCGCUGUUGACAAGCUGGGUAGAUGCAAGCUGAAGGACUUUGUCAAGGGAUUGAGUUGGGCCAGGUCUGGAGGGAACUGGGAACAAUGCUUCUCUUAG